AUGUCCAGUGUUUGGUUGAGCGUGUUCUUCAUCUGGCUGGAGAACAUGUACCAGCUGACACGCAACAGUAAGUACAUGCUGAGAGUGGAUCUGGAAGACUUUCUUGGAAGGAAAGAUUUUGCUCUGUUCUCAUUCUUCUCUGUGGGUCCUGAAACUGAUGGGUAUAAACUGCAUGUUUCAGGAUUCAAGGCUGGAGGAGCAGGCGACUCUUUAACCGAACACAGCAAUCAGAAAUUCUCCACCUUUGACAGGGAUCAAGACUCUAAUGCAACUAACUGUGCCAGACAGUAUCUCGGGGGAUUUUGGUACAAAACGUGUCACGCAGCAAACCCCAAUGGUGUGUAUUUAUGGGGUGAAGAUUCCACCCAUUAUGCCAUUGGAAAUAUAUGGAAGACCUGGAAGAACAGUUUCACUGUUGGUAUGAAAUCCAUCAUCAUGAAGAUCAGACGUGUAUCUUAG